AUGAGACCGCUUUUCCUCAUGGGCCACGCCCGUCCCCUUACAUGGGUGACGUUCAACCGCGACGGAGAUCUGCUCUUCACAUGCGGAAAGGAUGCUCGGCUGGCCGUGUGGUUCUCAGAGACUGGCGAGCGCAUCGGAACGUACGACUGCGGCAAGGGUGUGGUGUGGAACUGCGACUGCACGCUGGACAGCAAGCGUCUGAUCUGCGCGUCGGCUGACCAGAAAAUCAUGAUUUUCGAUGUUUGCAGUGGCGCCAUUCUCCACGAGAUUCCGGAGGGCGGUCCUUGCAAGUUUGUUGAGUGGAACAGGAAACCAGAUGAGCAGAACAAGUUCGUCGUCGUCCACGACGCCUUCGGCUCGCAGUCCACAAAGGCCAUCAAAGUGGACGGACCCAACGGAAAGCCGCGACGCUUGUGGUCCCAGGACGACUACGCCAGCCGAUGCGUCCAAGUUCGCUGGGGCCCUUACGACCAGACGAUCAUCUCCUGCCACGAAAACGGAGAUAUCAUGAUCUGGAACGCAGAGACUGGCGAGUACAUCAACGAGUUCCGUGGCCACAAGCAGUUCAUCACGUGCCUGAGUUUCUCUGACGACCGCCUUCUCAUGCUCUCGAGUUGCUCGGACGGGUCAGCGAAGCUGUGGGAAACGAUCGACUUCAAGUGCCUCAAGACUUACCAGACUGACAGGCCUCUGAACGCCUGCGGCAUCUCGCCGCGCUUCAACAAGGCGGGCGAGGAGCGCAAGUGCCAUGUCAUGCUCGGCGGUGGCCAGGCUGCAGAAGAUGUGACAACGACAGCAAGCGGCGAGGGAAAGUUCGAGGCUCUGAUCUACCACAUGGUGUACCAAGAGGAACUGGGAAGCUGCAAGGGACACUUCGGUCCUUUGAACACUCUCUGUUGGAUGCCGGAUGGCAACGGCUACGCGUCCGGAGGAGAAGACGGUUACGUUCGUAUUUACCACUUUGACGAGCCGUACUUCACCGACAAGUUCGAGCCGUAG